GCACUGGAAGCUUGAUGCAGAUCACUACCCACAAUAGUGCGAAUAGUUUCGGCGUUCGGUGUUUGUUUAUUUUUGGGAACGGAGGCGGAACCCUUUAAUGGGGUGAAGUGUUAACUUAUUAGCCAGAAUGCAUUACUGGUUUUGCGGUUACAAAUAGUUUGAAUGUGCGUGUGUUUGAAGCCAGAUUGAAAGCAUAAGAGCGAAUCUUAUACACAGUUUAGUGAGAUGUUUCAUGUGAGCUAUCGGGGUACAGUGACACGAGAUGAUUCUGCGAUGUUCGUUGGCGUGCCUGCUAGUGCUUUACCUCCUACCGGCGACGUAUGGUGGCCGGACGACGAUCCGGCAAACGCGUCACGUUGACGUUACCGACCAGCGGACACUGCUGGACAGUGCCGGGAUGCGGCCGAUGUUUCACUUUCUGCGCACGUGGAUGUUCAACAUCGUGGGACGGACGGGACAGCGCACGAGCGGGUCCUUUCUGCAGCGGCGCAUUCCGCCCGAGGUGCCAUUUCCGUGCAACGUCACGCUGGGCCGUAGUGCCAAGGUGCCGACGAGUGUACAUAAGCUAAGGCCAGGAGACAUCAACGUCAUUGCAGCCAUGGGCGACUCGCUGACCGCUGCCACCGGUGCAGCCGCGUCCGGCUUCAUCGAUCUGUACCAGGAAAACCGUGGCCUUGCGUGGAGCAUCGGUGGCCAGUGGGACUGGCGCAACGUCACUACCCUGCCGAACAUACUGAAGGUGUUUAACCCGAAGCUCGUCGGCUACUCGCUCGGCGAUGCGUACCCGUUUCAUCGGGACUCCCAGUUCAACAUGGCCGAGAUUGGGGCCGUUUCGUACGACAUCCCGUACAUGGCGCGUGCGAUGGUGCAGCGCAUACGGCGGGACCCGCGCGUCGACUGGAAGCGCGACUGGAAGCUGGUCACGAUAGCGAUCGGUGGCAACGACAUCUGCUCGUUCGUGUGCACGAUGCGCUUCCCGGAGGAGCUGCCGGCAAAGCACCGGUUGCGGCUCCAGCGCACGCUGCGCUACCUGCGCGACAGCAUGCCGCGCACGUUCGUCAACCUGGUGUCGGUGCCGAGCGUGGCGAAGGUGGUGAUGCUGCAGCGCAAACCGUUCGCCUGCGAGUCACUGCACCACGGCGAGUGCUCCUGCUGGAUCGGCAAGCUGUACAAUCAGAGCGAAGCGUCGCGGGACCGCUGGGCAAGGAUACAGGACGAGUACAUCCGGGUGGAGAAGGAGGUGGCCGAGUCACGGGAGUUCCGGGGGCUGGACGAGUUCGCGGUCGUCUAUCAACCAUGGUCGCUGAACGUGACGAUGAAAAUGAAUGGCAAGGACAUUGAUUACUCGCUUCUCUCGUAUGAUUGUUUUCAUAUGAGCCAGAAAGGAAACGCCUUCGCCGGUACCGCGCUGUGGAACAACAUGCUCGAGCCCGUGGGGAAGAAAACUCCCAACUGGCGGCCCCUCUUGAAAAACUUCAAAUGCCCCACCAAAGAGUCGCCUUACCUAAUCACGUACGAUAACAGUGGCCACAGCUAGCGGCCACUAGGGCGAAGCGGGAUUCUACGCUAGGAGGGCGCUGCAGAACCUAGCAAGGCGGAUGUGAAUAUGUGUAUUCUGUGUGUGCCAGCGAGUCAAAUCGAAACGUUGUGAUGCUUAAUUUAUUUUCCCUUUUACGUGUAAAGCCCAAACCAAUCCUUGUGCGUACCGGAGGCAGCGUGCGUUUGUAGUGUUUAGAGUGUCGGUGUUAGUAGCGAAUGGGCUUAAAGUUCUUCUCUUGCCAGAGGAUAGAACCAGUGCGAUCUCUUCAGCAAUCGAUUUCAGUGCAGUUUAGUAGCGAAUUAUUAAUAAUUGUAGGAUCAGGUUCCAUGAAGCGAUCUGCAGUUGCAAGAAGCACAGCAAAUAAAUGGUGCAAUAAAAUCGAAACCAUGUCAGUAGUACACGGUGUAAGAAAACAAAUAAAAACCAAAAUAAAAGGAAAACAAAUUGU